UUUUACUUUUUCCACCCAGAAACUCAUGGCCCUUCCCUCGUCCCCAUUUACCUCAAAGGCUUCAGCUUUCCACAUCCCUGCGGAAUCCAAUCCCCCUUGCAGCCUCCUGCAAAAGCAUCCUUCCCUAUCCCUUCUCUCCGGAUGCAAAAAUAUGGAGACCCUCAAACAAAUCCACGCCCAAUUCAUAAAAUUCGGCCUCCAUAAUACCCAUUUCGGGCUAAGCAAACUAGUCGGCUUUUGCGCCUUAAGCCCGUAUGGUGACUCAAAUUACGCGCUACUAAUCUUUGACGCCAUUGAGAAUCCCACCGAAAUCUUAUGGAAUACAAUAAUUCAUGGGUACGCGUUAAGCUCAAAUCCUGAAUUAGCUCUGGAGUUUUACGUAAAAAUGGUUUCGUUAGGCAAUUAUCCAAAUUCCUAUACAUUUCCUUCCCUUUUCAAGUCUUGCAAGAAAUUAAUGGCAGCCCAGAUAGGAAAACAAGUUCAUGGAUGUGUGUUAAAACUCGGUUUGGACAGUUAUGUUCAUAUACAUACUUCAAUUAUCAAUAUGUAUGCUCAAAUUGGUGAACUCGGUCAUGCCAGACAAGUGUUUGAAAAAAGUAGUUUCAGAGAUGCCGUGUCUUUUACAGCACUGAUAGGUGGCUACGUUUCGAGGGGCUGUUUGGAUGAGGCUAGGGUACUUUUUGAUGGGAUUCCUGUUAGAGAUGUGGUCUCAUGGAAUGCUAUGAUUUCAGGAUAUGCUGAAGUGGGAAGAUUUGGGGAGGCCUUGAGUUUGUUUGAAAAUAUGUGGAAGUUAAAUGUCACGCCUAAUGAGAGCACAUUAGUGAGUGUUCUUUCUGCUUGUGCACGUUCAGCCGGGCUUCAACUGGGGAAGCGGGUGGAUUCUUGGAUCAAUAGAAAUGGGCUUGAUUCGAAUCCUCGAGUGGCUAACGCUCUGGUUGAUAUGUAUGCGAAAUGUGGUGAGAUUGAUACAGCUCGAAGUUUGUUUGAUGGUAUGGAAGUGAAAAAUAUUGUUUCGUGGAAUGUUAUGAUCGGCGGACAUACGCAUGUGAGUGAGUAUAAAGAAGCCUUGGCUGUUUUUCGCCAUAUGCAACUAGAGCGUGUGGAACCUAACGAUGUUACAUUCUUGAACAUUCUUCCAGCUUGUGCGCAAAUGGGCGCUUUAGAUAUGGGCAGAUGGAUACAUGUUUAUAUCAACAAAAAUUGCCAUCACUUGCAAAAUUCCUCAGUUUGGACGAGUCUUAUUGACAUGUAUGCUAAAUGCGGAAGUAUCGAAUCUGCAAAACAAGUGUUCUUUGGGUUGGAAACUAAAAGCCUGUCUUCUUGGAAUGUGAUGAUAUCAGGGCUAGCCAUGCAUGGGAAUGCACAUGGUGCAAUUGAUCUUUUCUCCAAAUUGAUUGAGGAGGGUAUCGAACCUGAUGACGUUACUUUUGUUGGUCUUUUGUCAGCUUGUAGCCAUGGUGGUAUGGUUGAACUUGGUCGCCUGCAUUUUAGUUCCAUGGUCCAAGAUUACAAAAUCCAACCCAAAUUGCCGCACUAUGGAUGCAUGAUUGAUCUUUUGGGUCGAGCUGGAUUAUUCGAUGAAGCAAAGUCACUGUUGGCGUGUAUGGAUAUUGAGCCUGAUGGUGCCAUAUGGAGUUCCCUUCUUGGAGCUUGCAGGAUUCACGGAAACCUUGAAUUAGGUGAAUAUGCUGCCUGCAGCAUUUUCAAAUUGGACCCCAAUAAUCAUGGAGCAUAUGUGCUUGUGUCAAAUAUCUAUGCAGGAGCAGGAAGGUGGAAUGAUGUAGCUAGAAUAAGAACCAUGCUCAAUGAUAAUGGACUGAAGAAAGUUCCUGGCUGCACGUCCAUAGAACUAGACUCCGUUGUGCACGAGUUUCUUGUCAGUGAUAGGACACAUCCACAGAGCGAAGACAUAUACAGGAUGCUGGACGAAAUAGAUAGGCGGCUAGAAAUGGCAGGGCACGUUCCCAAUACAUCGGAAGUCCAUUAUGACAUGGAUGAGGAGUGGAAGGAAGGGAUACUGAGUCAACACAGUGAGAGGUUGGCGAUUGCAUUUGGAUUGAUCAGUACAAAACCGGGAACGACCCUGAGGAUUGUAAAGAAUCUCCGAGUUUGUGGCAACUGCCAUUCGGCCACAAAGCUGAUAUCUAAGAUAUUCAACAGGGAGAUCAUUGCCAGGGAUCGCAAUCGGUUUCACCAUUUCAAGGAUGGCUGUUGCUCAUGCAUGGACUAUUGGUAGAUUUGUUGCACUUUAGGCAAACUAAGUUAGAUUUCAAUUGAUGGCUGUUUCCUAGUUGGAGUUUGCAGCUCAAAAUGGAAAAUUACAUUAAGCACUUAGCUGUUUAUAACGUGAAAGCUCCGAAUCUAUAUGACUAAUGUUGCAAAUGAAAGUUGGUUGCA